UAUAAUAAACCCUAAAAAGAGGACAAGGAAGUCUGCGGAAGAAUUGUGAAUUAUUUCUUGUUCUCCUGUCAAAAUCAAAGAGAAUGAUGUCUGCUGCAGCUACGGUGGCAGUAAUUGAAGAUCUUGUCAUAGAAAUUCUGCUCCGAGUACCCACAAAAGAACUACUCAGAUGCAAGUGUGUAUCCAAACAAUGGCUCUCUUUGAUUUCUGAUCCCCACUUUUGUGCCUCCCACUCUCGGUUUCAGCAGAGUUUUAAUCCCAGAAUCACUGCUCUAUUCCUUGACGUAAACAAACACAUCCCUGAAUUUCAAGUAAUCCCUUUGGUGUCUUCCCCUUUUACAAGUGGAGCAUUUGUUGUCAAAGAUUAUUUUAAUGUCCGUCGAGCCAAAAUACUACAAUCCUGCAACGGUUUGCUUCUUUGCCGGUCUAGUUUCUUGGUCCACUUUGGCGAGAAUAGACAUCCGUAUUUUGAAGAUUUCGAUAUUAAUGAUCGUGGGUAUUUUUAUUUUAUAUAUAAUCCUACUACUAGACAGUUCAAGAAACUAUCUUUGCCUACUUCCGUAAACGAGAAAUUGAGAAUCUCUGGGAAUGAAUUGGCAGGGACUGGGUUGCUUAGUGUUUGUUUGGUGUUUGAUCCUGUAAUAUCAUCCCAUUACAGGAUCAUUUUCAUUUCAAAUUUGUGCGAUCUAAAAGAUUCCACAACUUAUUGGCUUGAAGUUUGUAUAUAUUCCUCAGAAUUUGAUACUUGGACUUCCCAAAGAGCAAGUGUUGAUAUUGAAAUCUUCCUGGAUAUUUCACCUCAACCAGUAUUGGGAAUCUACAACUAUAAUCAUGGAGUUUACUGUUAUGGUUCAAUGCAUUGGCUCAGAUGCGAUGCAGUUUAUUCUCUCCUUAGCUUUGAUGUUGAUACACUGAGCUUCAACAAGCAAAUGCAUUUUCCUGAUGACAUUUUCGUUCGCUACUUUGGUGAGUCUCAGGGCCAUUUGCAUUGUGUAACUUAUAAGCACGGUUAUCCUGAUCUGGAAUAUGAUGUUAUGGAGAUAGCAGCAGACUAUUCUGAGUGGUCUUUGACAUACCAUGUCAAUCUUCAAUCCAUCAGAAGGGCAUAUCGCUGCCGUGGUAUUUCAAUAUUGAGUGUAAUCCGUGACGAAAAUGCAGAAGAGUUGAUACUUGUGAUAUCUGUGGAUGAGAGUCCAGUGGCUUAUCAUCUUUCUGAUGGGACUCACAGAAGACUUUAUGAUUCAGGAACAAAACUUGCAUAUUGCAAUUACAGGGCCUAUCCGUGCUUUCAGAGCCUUAUUUGUGUUUGAUCUACUUGGCUUCAGGAGUCUCCUUCCAGUGGAUGCGAGUGUUAGUUCUGACAAGAUAAGCAGGAAGAGAAGAAGGAAAAGAAGAUGCUCCUGCUUGAGUUACCAAGGUCAAGCUAAGAACUCUAGGUACCUAUUGAGUUUCAAAAGCUUACUGCAUUCCUCUUGUCUUCAAUAUUAGAACUGAUAUUGUGGUGUUGCAAAUCUUUUACUUGGGCUUUAGAUGAUAUGGAGUAGUAACUAGAACAUCAGAAUUACUUGUUGAUUUCUUAUUAUGGGAGAACCCUGCUUUCUUUACAGUUCAGACAGAGUUGUCACAAAGUAAAAAACUUCUUAUAUUUCA